AUGUCGCCUUCUGUAGUGUCCCCUGCCACGCCCUACAACGACCUCGCUCGCAGCCAUGCCCAAGACGGCGACGACGCACCAGCCAAGAUCAGCGCUUACUACUCACUUGUGUUUCCCAACAUCACAUUCUACCUCCAGACCUUGACAGUCACCAUCGGUCGUAGGUGCAUCCCACCUGGCUCCUCUUCCGUCAAUGGCACGGAUGGUCCUACCUCGGGCCACAGCCAAGUUGACGUCGACCUCGGCCCUUUGAAGAGCGUGUCGAGGCUGCACGCCAGAAUCGAGUACGAGGAGGAAGAGGAGCGCUUUGUUCUCGUCGUCGUCGGCAGGAACGGUGCAUGGGUUGAUGGCGUAUGGUCAGGUGCUGGAAGUCGUGUUCCACUCGGCGAAAGAUCACAAAUACAGAUUGCCUCUCGCACAUUUCAUUUCGUCCUACCGCCCCCUCCUGCACCCCAAGAUUCCCCCUCUCCGUCCUCCAAUUCUUCCAUCCACCGUGCACGCUCCCCGUCCGUCGACAUUACCUCCAUCUCCCCUCCAUCGUCCAUCCCCUCCCAUUCUCCGCCUCCACGAGAAGCUCCACCACGCCCUCCACCGAAGCGCUCUCCUUCCCCGGAACCUCACCUCCCGAAUUCCAACGCAAUUUCGCGUUCGACUACAAAGAGCGCCGCUACAUCAUCCAUCACGACUGUCACCGCUCCUACCUCAAAGAAGCGCAAGAAGCUCGCACAAUCUCUGCCUAAACCCGAGGUUAUGCCACCAAAGCCCCCACUCACAUAUGCUCAACUCUGCUAUCGUGCCAUAAGGGCAAUGGGUGGAAAAGCAACCCUGCAAGAUAUAUGCGGUUGGAUGAUGGAGAAUUACGACUGGUAUAGGUACAAUGAAGGAGCUGGCUGGGAGAACUCUGUUCGUCAUAAUCUGUCCUCUGGACGUGCUUUCAAGAAGAUGGAACGAUCGACGGGUGAACACGGGAAAGGUUUUUUCUGGUCCGUUGACGAACAGUUUGAGCAUACCUUCGAGGAACAAGAAGCAAAGGCUCAGGCUCAGUCUCGUGCCCAGCUCCAAUCACAGGCGCAAGCUGCCAACCAGGGUCAGGCUCCCCCGACUGCUGGUGGCAAGGAUGGAAAGAAGAAGAAAGUAAACGCUUUGGAACCCCCGUUGAAACGGAGCGUGAAGAAUAGUAACGGGCCGUUACCACCACCACUUACCUCUACGCCUCUGCCACUGCCUUCGAGAGCCACAACGGGUGCGGUGACGCAGCCAAUUGAGUUGGGUGGAAUGACUAUGUCAGAGGGUCCGAAAGCGGAACCGGUCGUGUCGUCGGGGAUUGGUGGUCCAGUAGACAAGAAACCGUCAACUGCCGCUGGAACUGCCACGGAUCCCGUGGCCCCGGCUGCGUCGAUCUCGGGUGCUCCAUCUCCUCUUUCUGCCCUUCCUGCUUCUGUCUGCUUGCCGAUCGUGGUAGGGACAGUCCCCUCAUCGAACCCUUCGUCGUCCACGAGCUCGACAGAAGAACCACCUCCGAUCGUUCUGCACAAUAACUCGCUUGUUCUUUCUCCUCUUAUUUUUUCUUCGCUUACCCCCGAUCAGCUCAAGGCGCUUGAGGAAAUGGGUGCCCAACGAGCAUUGGAAGUACUGCAAGGACACAUCGUCCGAUAUCUCAAAGAACGGAUGGGUCGUCGUAAGAAACGCAAAGCUGUCGGAGAGAAGAACAAUAAGAAAGGAGAGAACAAAGCGGAGGGAGCUGAGCGGUCCAGCCCAUUUACGACGACACCCCUUCCUCCACGAGGUGGUCAGGGCCCACCCAAACCGCAGCCUCCGUCCACUUCUGCAUUGUCGCCACCCGUACCAUCGUCGUCAUCCUCGAAAGGGUUACUCGCCACGCAGCCGGAUUUUCAGAUUGCCGGAACUAAGCGCCCAGCAUCGGAUUCUUCGAGGAUCAAGGAGACUGUUCCGGCAUCUGUGGACAGCCGGCCUCCAGUACCGGUACCAAUUCAUUCCGCCUAUCUUGCUACCUCGGGGAAAUGCCCUGAGCGACCAGCGAGUCCCAUAAUCAUCGUUGACGAUGAGGAUGCUGAAGAUGGGCGAGUAGCGAAGAAGCGACGGGUUGAUGCCCUCGCAAUGCGCACCGUGAAAGAAGGGGCUCUGCUUGCCAACGACGCAAUGAACACUGGAUCCAUCGUACAAGUUGUCCAGCCUGGUGACGAGGACAUCGAGAUUGACGUCUGCUAG